UUGACUUCAAUAAGGCCCACUUAUUUUUCUCCUGCCCUCUCUCCCUGGUCCCGAACAAGUUCAGAACAACCUCAAUCACAUUUCCUGCACUUUCUCGCCAGCCAAGCACAGGCAGGAUAACCCAGAAGGUGUCAUUGUACCAAAAUCGAUGAGUUACAGAAGGGAUAUUAGCCGUUCAAAAUCAGCUCUCUUUGAUGAUGGCCUUGAAGAAGGUGGUCUUCGGGCGUCCUCUUCAUAUUCUCAUGAGCAUAAUAAUGACAAAGCUGUGGACAGUUUGCAAGACAGAGUUAGUUUCCUCAAGAAAUUAACAGAUGACAUACAUGAGGAAGUGGAGAGCCAUAAUCGAUUGCUUGACCGAAUGGGAAACAAGAUGGACAUAUCUAGGGGUGUAUUGUCAGGAACCAUGGACCGAUUCAAGAUGGUAUUUGAGAAGAAAUCAGGUCGGAGAACAUGUGUACUAGCAGGGGUUUUCAUUGCCUCAUUUUUAGUUAUAUAUUAUCUCAUUAGGAUUCUUAGAUAAGUGCAAGCUUAAGGUCUAUUUUGAAGAACUUUUCUCUUAAAAUCUUCAAUUAUGUGAUGGAAGUAGCAACAUACACAGAAUGCAACAAGGGCACUGCAAAACCUUUUGGCUGUGAAAUGGAGUGUUAGUAAAAGUGGGCUACAUGCUUACAUAGGUGAAUAUCAAUGACCAAAUUUGGUUGCAUUUGAGCAAUUUGUGGACUAGGCCCUUAUUUGCCCAUGUCUUGUUUAUUUACAAACUCUUCUGCAAGGAUACUUGUAAACAAAGGAAGGAAUUUUAGCUGGAUGAAAACAUUGAUUAAAUUGAAUGUGGCAAAAAAAUUCAGGAUUUA